AUUACGUGAUAGUGUCACGGUCACUGUCACCGAUCGUGGGUAUAGUAGCCACGUCUAUACCGACCGGAGCUUUCUCUGCACACGGCUGCCCUUAUCCAACCGGUGGAAAUCCGUGCAACAUGUACUUGCAAAAUCUAAACUGCUGAGGAACAGUGCUCGGUUGCAUAUACGAACACUCGAACGAGCGAUGAAAUGAUUGACGUGGUUCUAGCUGUAAGGAACUACAAUGGUGCUUAUCCUGCGAAGAAGCUCCUGUCGAUCCGACCACUGCUAAAAAUGUCCAACGAGAUUGAUUUGUUUCGUGAACUGUUCAACUUGAGAAAUAGUGGCAAUGGCCGUGGCGCUGAUGACAUCACAGAGCAAAUUUGUGUACACAUAAAGAAAAGAACUUCUUGUGUAUUGGAGCGAGAACCGCAAGUCAGCUGACGACGUAUUUAACCUCAU